AAAAUCGAUAUUGGAUACGCACAUUGAAUAUUGGAUGGUGGGUGAUUCGGUUCUUGAAGGUUGUUUGCUUAACGGCUAUUAACAAUGUACAAUGCUCUUCGAAAUGCUGCUUUAAGGCAUUUUAGCCCUCGAUUUGUGUGUUGUCAGAGGAAUAGCAGUAUCAAGAACAGUUGCUCAAACGUCGGCUUGUCCUUUAAAAGUUCAUCCUUACAACCUAGGUUUUCAUGCCCUUUUAGAAAUGCUAGUGAGCAUAAAAAAAUGCCCAGGGAGGCGUCAGAUUACAUGUUUCGCAGGUUUUUUGACGAAUUGCAUUUCUACUUGAUGUUGGGCCUCAUCCCUACAUUUCUCCUUGUCUUUUUUGUUAAUGUAUUUAUUGGACCGGCGGAGUUAACGGAUAUACCGGAUGGUUAUGAGCCUCAUUAUUGGGAAUAUCACAAAUAUCCAAUACCUCGUUUCAUCGCCAAGUAUAUAAGUGUUAACCCUCAAAGAGCCUAUGAGGCAACUAUGGGACAGUUGGACGAAUAUCGCAUUGGAAAAGAAAUAGUUGAAGAGGAAAGAUGGUUUCGAAAAGCACAGAAUGAACAUGGUGACUAUCGGGCUUGGUAUUUCAUUCCAGUUAAUCCAGUCGGUGUUAAUCGCUCAUUUCAAAAACUGCAGGAAGAUCAGGAAGCUGGUUCAUUUGCCGCUCGUUAACCAGGAAAAACUAUAUAUAUUUUUCGCAAAAUGUUUGCAUUCUAAAAACCUAUAGUUCUAAACGUAUUAAAUCUAUGACACCAUCAUCUUUUCAUAAAUUUUUCUCUCUACAGAUUUUGCUCGUUGUUUUCUGUAAUCAUGUUGCGUAAAUAUUCAAAUUAUUGCCAUCACUCCACUGUAAUACUCCCUAAUAAUCACUAGGAGGAAAGGUUUAUUACUUGGCAAGUAUGUGGAUAAUAGGAUAGCUCCAUGAAAUGCUGCGUU